AUGUCCGCGGCCAUGAGGCAGAGGUUCGACCGGUUCCUGCACGAGAAGAACUGCAUGACCGACCUCCUGGCCAAGCUCGAGGCCAAGACCGGCGUGAACCGGAGCUACAUCGCGCUCGGUGUCAUCGGGCUACUGGCCUUGUACCUGAUGUUCGGUUAUGGAGCCUCUCUCCUCUGCAACCUGAUAGGGUUUGGCUACCCAGCCUACGUCUCAAUUAAAGCCAUAGAGAGUCCCAACAAAGAAGAUGAUACCCAGUGGCUGACCUACUGGGUAGUGUAUGGUGUGUUCAGCAUCGCCGAAUUCUUCUCUGACCUCUUCCUGUCCUGGUUCCCCUUCUACUACAUGCUAAAGUGCGGCUUCCUGUUGUGGUACAUGGCCCCGAGCCCUUCCAACGGGGCGGAACUGCUCUACAAGCGCAUCAUCCGUCCUAUCUUCCUAAAGCACGAGUCCCAGGUAGACAAUGUGGUGAACGACUUGAAGGACAAAGCCAAAGAGACUGCAGAUGCCAUCGCGAAAGAAGCCAAGAAAGCCGCCGUGAACUUACUGGGUGAUGAAAAGAAGAGCACCUAAACCACCCUCCGGGUGAAACCUUCCUGCCCUCCGCACCUUCCUGUUAGAGCUUGAUGUUGUGUUGGGGACUGUGGUAUAAUCAUUUUAAUGUUGCCUUGGAAACAUUUUUGAUAUGUUAAAAAAUGGAAUGUGUGUAAGUAUUUUUUUGCUUUUACUGUCUAUAUACAUAGGGAGCAUUUUAAUUUAAAUGUAAUGCCAUGGGUAGUAUCCAAAACUUUGGAAACUAUAUUUUGCCUCUGGAUAGGGAAUGUGUUACCAUCCUACAGGAAAUAUAAACUUAAAAUGACAUAUCCCACGGGCUUUGUACUUCAAUGGGCUCUCUGCAUGCAUUUUCUCUGUACUCUUUAAGGUUCUACUUCAUGUAAUGUACAAUUUUGUAUUAAAUGUUUUUAAUGUA